GUCAUAUGAGAACUUCUUGCCUCCUCCCACCUCGCGCCUCUGGGACGCAUUGAGUUGUGUGUUCAACUCUCUUUUACAUCAUGUUGAAGGAGUUGGUAAGGGAGCGACUCAUUGCGGCCGCCGACGAAAUCUUCGGACUGUUUGAAAGAACGAUAGCAUCGUACGAGGAGCAACUUCGUCGAGGGAGAGAGGAGACCGAGCGACACCGACGACAACUGGAAGCCGUUUGCAAAACUCAAAUUGUGAUACGCGUCGAAGACGUCCAGCAGCUGAUUGGUCGUCAGAAAGAACUCCCCCUUCAGCUGCAGUGGGGGAGCUCCAAUUUGAAGCAGGAUGAGAUACAGGACCCCCAUGUUAAAGAGGAAAAGGAGGGUCCACAGCCUCCCCACGUUAAAGAGGAAGAAGCGGUGGCUGAUAUCGGCAUGUUGCCACUGACUGGUGUUUCUGCGGAGAAUGAAAACUACGAAGACAAACAAUCCGAGUCGUCACAGCUUCAUCAUCUCAGCCCAAGUGGAGACCACUGUGGAGGACCGCCACUAGACGACCUUUUAUCGCACAUAAACAACAUAGGAGAACCUUUGAGGAGCGAUGGAGACAGCGAAGGUGACGACAAGCAGUUGAAAUGCUCUAAAAAGGAGACAACUAUCGGCAGCAAGCAGAGGUGUAAUGUUCAGGUUACUUGCUCAGUUUGUGGUAAACGGUUUGGUAGAAAAAAUACGGUUAGACACAUGAGAACACACACAGGAGAAAAACCCUUUUGUUGCUCAACUUGCGGUAAAAGAUUCACUUUAAAGUCACACUUGGUAACCCACAUGAGAACGCACACAGGGGAGAAACCCUUUCAUUGCUCAUUAUGUGGUAAAACAUUCUCUCAAAAGGAUUAUCUGGCAGUACACAUGAGAACACACACAGGAGAAAAACGUUUUAGUUGCUCAGUAUGUGGGAAAAGAUUCAUUGCAAAGCGAAGCAUGGUAGCACACAUGAAAGCACACAUCGGCGAAAGUCCCUUUAGUUGCUCAAUUUGUGGUAAAGGGUUUACCCUUAAGUCCGUUAUGGUUAGGCACAUGAGAACACACACAGCAGAAAAACCCUUUUGUUGCUCAACUUGUGGGCAAACAUUCACCCGAAGGUCAACCAUGGUAACACACAUGAGAACACACAUGAGAACAAAACUGUAGUUGCUCAGUCUGUGUCAAACGUGUGGACUCGAGUCAUAUGACUUGGACUGGAGUCAUGAAUUUGAUGACUUUAGACAUGACUCGACAAAGUGUCACAAGAGAUGACUUCGACUUGAACAGCAAAGACUCGUGACUUAACUCGGACUCAAGCCCAUUGACUUGAAAAUACUUGCCACUUUUACCAAUGUAUUGAGAAACAAACAGCCUGCAAAUCUCUCUCAAUAGUUCAACAUGCCAAUGUUUAAUUUAUUACGGGAAUUUCAGAAUGACGUAACCAUUAAGUUGAUGCUCUCAAUGGAUAUCAAGUGAAAAUGUCUCACAGUACUUAAGUUUAAUUUGAACUUAUUUUUGUUUACUUUUUAAAAUUAAUUUUUUUUGGGGGGGUAAUUUACAGUGAACACCCUGUUGGGUACUCUUAAGUAGAGGAAUUGACUAGGACUUCACUCUUUUCAGACACUAAGUUAUUCUAAUGUUUAGAAUAAAAUAAUCAAUAAAUAACAUAAAUCAACAAUAAAUGUGGCAGUUACAUAAGGUACACAUUCCACCAAGUACUGGUAACAUACACAGAAAUGACAAUUAACGUAAUAAUAGGAAUGUUAAUUAUUGCAAAAAUAAAAUCCACAUUGCAUUGUGGAAAUCGCGUGGCUUGACAUCUCGUAUGCUCGUUUUUGCUAGCAUUAGCAGCUAGCAUUGUGAGCGAUUACACAAAUAGUUACACGGCGGGCCGGCCAUAUGCUGUCUGGAUUUCCUUUUCAUUACAGUCUGGCUUAGUCAGUAUAGUGUUCUCAAGAAUUAGUCAUAUUUAUUUAUUUUAUUCACUUUAUUUACCGAUCAAGACAAAGCUAGCAUCUAUUCGACAUGAAACUGCGCGCUUUUUUGCGUCAUUUUCUUCUUCUUUGGCUCUUUGUGAUGUAAUAUUUUUAUGCAGUGCCCCCUAAUGUUGUGGUUGAGAUACCACAGUUGGAUAGCCUUUUCAACAGGAUGACAAACUGUUCUUUUUUUUAAAAAAUAAUGCCUUAUGUUUUUGAUACUCACAAGAAAUGUCAAGUUUAAACUGAAAUCUAUUUAUAAUUGUGUUUUAUUUAUUUGGAUUUGUGUUUGAAAUUCCCUCACUGCAAAUGUUUGUAGACAAGAAAAUGUAGGUUCUUGAUAUGUAUAUGCACAAUGUGAAUUUAAGAAAAAUGCUUUUAAAGAGGAAACCUAUUGGCCAUUCAUUAUUAAGUGAAAUGUAUUCAUAAUUGCUCUUUAACAAACAAAAAAAUUACCCAAUUACUUGAUUAUUCGAUAGAAUUGUCAGUAGAAUACUCUAACUAAUUGCAGCACUACUGGAUGCCAAUUCUCAUUUGUGACAUGUCUGUUUAAUGUAACUUCAUAAAUAAAGUGAGAAAAAGUAAGUCAUAGCAUACCAUUUACAUAGAAUAAUUGAAAACUUACUAUUGGUUUUGAAAAGGCAAAAACACUUCCCCCUUUGACGAUCGGUUUUGAAGGGGCAAAGAUUUUGAUCAGCUCCCGAAUUUUCUUAUAAAGUUUCAAUGCACUUGUUUAUCAAAUUUGUUUCGAUAACAAAAUAUGGAUUUUAAAAUAUAUAUUCAUUCAUUUUCCGUACCGCUGAUCCUCACUAGGGUCGUGAGUGUGCUGGAGCCUAUCCCAGCUAGCUUUGGGCAAGGGGAGGUGUACACCCUGAACUGGUUGCCAUUCACACUCACGCCUACGGGCAAUUUAGAGUUGUCAAUUAACCUACCAUGCAUGUUUCUGGGAUGUGGGAGGAUACUGGGGUACCCAGAGAAAACCCACGCAGGCACGGGGAGAACAUGCAAACUCCACAUGGGUGAGGCUGGAUUUGAACCCAGGUCCCCACAACUGUAAGGCACAUGUGCUAACCAGUUGUCCACCGUGCCGCCUGUAUGAGUAUUCUAUAUAUUAAGUGUAUAAUAUAUGAAUUCAAUAUAUUGUUAAAGACUAAAAACUAAAAGUGUAGGAUUUGACUCUGGACUUGCUUGUCUCGACUUGGGACUUGACUCGAGACUUGAGGCAAAAGACUUAGUUGUGACUUGCAAAGCAAUGACUUGGUGAAACUUUCACUCAUGAGAAAGCUAAGUUAAGACAUGAAAACACACAGGAUAACACACCUUGAGUUCAAUGUGCGAUGAAAGCUCUGCUAUUAGGGCCAGUUUGACUGCAUGCAGACACAAAACAGAGAGAAUAAACGUUUUUCUGCCCAGUUGUGCUCAGGGUUUCGCGAAGAAAGUGUGUGACAUAAGAUCAGGUCGUCUGAAUGCUUCAAGACUUUCUCAAUUCUUCACUUAAAUCACAUCUAGAAUUUCUUUUUAUUUAUUCUUUUACUAUUCAAAACGUACUUAAAAAUCUGUCAUCAUCCAAUAACUAUUGGGCAUGACUGUUCUUAACAUGUAAAUGUCACAUGUAACUAGUUUGUUUAUGUAGGUCUAUCUAUUUAGUCUAUCUAGCUUUAUAUAUCUGUCUUUGUGCAUCUAUUAUGUAGCUCCUUUAGUAGCGUUAUAGGUGCUCCUUUUCCUUGAUUCCUAUAUUUUUGAUUUAUGGAUUAUUUAUCUGUAGUAAAAAGUCGAUAACUCUCAAGCAAGCUAUUUUUUUUCCUCCAAUUUCUUCAUGAAUGCUUAUUUUUUUGUUAUAAACAUGCAUUAAUGACACAAUUAAAUACAAUUUAAAGACAAA